UACACAAAUGAAAGUGUACCAAACUUAUACUGACUACGUGACAAAGGGGCUUUACGUUAGAGUCUUCUUACUGGGAAAAUAUCAACUUUAGGAUUAUGUUUUUUUGUGUGACUCUCAUGAUUCUCUACCGCUUUAUGGAAUCUCAAGCAGCUCAGGGAACCCACCCAGUGAUCAUGAUGGAGAGUUAUGAUCACUCAGGAGGGAUUGAUCUGGUGUGUGAAUCCAAAGGCUGGAACCUUGAACCUGAGGUUCUGUGGCUGAACAGAGAUGGAGACACUCUGCCUGCUAAAGAUACACAAAUACACAAAGACACUGAGGGCUUCAGUGUGAAACGCCACAUCACUGUUUAUGAUUAUAGCGACUCCAACAAGUUUUACUGCAGACUUCUACAAGGCCAUCACAUGAUGGAAGCAGAGAUUAUCAUUAAUAGUAAAGUCUUUGAUACUUGGAAGUGGGCUGUCGCCAUUUCAGUUUUAGCAUGUCUUAUUGCUGUCGGAUGGAUACUAACUGCAGUUAUCUUACACAAGACAGAGCCACAGAGACAGAAGGUGAAACGUGAUUUAACAGAGAAGAAGAACUUUGUAGAGCUGCAGAGACAGAGGAUGAAAUGCGAGUUAGCAGAAAAGAAGAAGUUUGCAGUGGAUGUGACUCUGGAUCCUGAUAAAGCUCAUCCUGAACUCAGAGUGUCUCCUGAUGGAAAACAAGUGAUGGCUGGAGACCAGUGGCAGGAUCGGCCUGAUACACCACAGAGGUUUGCCGAUUAUGUUGAUGUUGUGGGAAAGCGGAGUUUCUCUUCAAGGAGAUUUUAUUAUGAGGUGCAGGUCAGCGGGAAAACUAAGUGGAAUCUUGGAGUCGUGAGAGAGAACAUUAACAGGAAGGAGAAGAUUACAUGGCGUCCUCAGGAUGGAUUCUGGACUGUGAAACUGAGGAAUGAGAAUGAGUACUGUGCUUGUGCUGGUCCCGAUGUCCUCCUCACACUAAGAGAGAAAGUGGAGAAGGUGGGGGUGUUUGUGGAUUAUGAGGAGGGUCUGGUCUCCUUUUAUGAUGUGAAGUCCAACUCUCAUAUCUACUCUUUCACUGCUCAGUCUUUCACUGACAAACUCUAUCCUUACUUCUGUCCUGAUUUAAAUGAAAGAAGUGAAAAUUCAGCACCACUGAUCAUCUCUCCUGUACUUACGACUGAAUGAAUUUUCACCACAUAGAUUUAAUCAUCUAUAAAAUGGUGAGAAUAAAAAGAAAUAUUUUAGUUUUCUGGUAAAUUUUAGAAAUUCAUACAGUGGGGGAAUUAAGUAUUGAAUGCCUCAACAUUUUUUUCAGUAAAUAUAUUUCCAAUAUUCAUGUCCAAUAUUCACAUGAAAUUUUCGUCAGACUUUGGUAUUAACUCAAGAAAUCCACACAUAUAAAGAAAUCCAAACAUUAAAGUCCAUAAAUAAAGUUAUGUGUAACGAAGAGGAAUGGCACAGGAAAAAAGUAUUGAGCACGCUAACUGAAAUUUAUUUAAUACUUAGUGGAGAAGCCUUUGUUUGUAAUGACAACUUCAAUAUGCUUCCUGUAUGAAUAAAUGAAUGGGCCGCAGUAUUCAGGUGUGAUUUUGGCCCAUUCUUCUAAACAUAUUGUCUUUAAAUCUUGUUCAAUUGGAUUCGAGUCAGGUGAUUGACUGGGCCAUUCUAACACCUUGAUUUUUAUUCUCUGAGAGUUUCCUUUGCUGUAUGCUUUGGAUUGUUGUCCUGCUGGAAGGUCCACCCACGUCUCAUCUUCAUCAUCCUGGUGGAUGGCAGCAGAUUCUUCUCAAGUAUCUUCUGGUAAAGCCUCCAUUCAUCGUUCCUUCAAUUAUAUGAAAUCUGCCAGUACUAUGCGAUGAAAAACAGCCCCACACCAUGAUGCUUCCACCUCCACACUUCACUGUUGGUGUAGUGUUUUAAGGGUGAUGUGCAGUGCCAUUUCUUCUCCAAACAUGGUGUGUAAUAUGACAGCCAAAAAGUUUAAUUUUGCUCUCAUCUGACCAGACUGCACUCUCCCAGUAUUUCAUAGGCUUGUCCAAAUGAGUUGUAGCAAACUUUAAAUGGGCUUCGAAAUGUCUUUUCUUUAGUAAUGGAGUCUUGCGGGGUGAGUGUGAGCAGUGGAGUGCCUUGCUUAUUGUUUUCUCCGUGACGAUGGCACCUGCUGCCUGCAAGUGUUUCUGGAGCUCUUUCCGAGUGGUGCUUGACUCUUGGGCUACUCUUCUGACCAUUCUUCUGACUCCCUGGUCAGAAAUCUUUUAGGAUCCCUUGUGCAUGGCCAAGUUUAAAACAUGUCGUAAAUGAAAAUUUGUCUGCAAUUCGCUGUACACCAUGUAUAUUUCUGGCAGAUGUAGAAGGGACUGGGUAAACUCCCUAGCUUUCCACUAUGCUGGCGGAAGUCACCAUACACUGCUUUGGGUCAGAACGGAAGUUGCAUGAAGUCAUGUGAAAAGGGUCUAUUGAGGAUUUUUUGGACAAAAAAUUUGGUAGCAACAAGCCUCGAAUCGGGUAUCCUUUUUAACAGCUGAGAUGUUUUAACAGUUUUCCGAUUGUUCUGUAUUGAAAUUAGAAUUCUAAAAAACCUUUAAGUUAGUGGAAAAUAUUCUACCAUCUCAUGCAGAAAGCAUGUACUUUGCUAUAUGUAUAUGAUAUUUCCCAAAUAAAAUAAGAAUUUUAAUUAUAUUGUUCAUUUCUAAAAAACCAGUAUCCCACUCCAUAAACUAAACCAUUAUAUAAGUUACAGUGAAAAACUUGUAAAACUCACAAAGAAACUUGUGACCAGAAUAGUUUGCUAUAAUAACAACUGAAAAAUAAAUGUAAUAUUGUUUCUGAUUAAAAAGGAUACUUGAUGUAUGUAUGAUUUGAUUUUUUGAUAUAAGAUACAGAAUUUAGAUUUUACUGUUUUAUAUAUUCAACUGGUUUUGUAUGACUUUGUAUUCUCCUACUGUUAUUUAAUUUUUAUUACAAAAAAAAUUAUUUAAAAAAAAGGGGGGGAGGACUCGAAAAUUCCUCUUCAACCCAAUGCUCACCGCUGCUCUUAUUUUACUACUGUAUAUCACUAUGCUACUACUCGCACAUGGUCGUGUCAACGUAAUAUCAAAAUAAAAGUCUAGUUCUACUGACUGGAAUUUGUAAGCCCUCUACAGGUGCUACUGGGGGCAGAGUCACACACCUGCUGCAGCAAAAUUCAACUCUGAGCUGCACAUGCUCAAAAAACAACUAUUGUUCUGAUCACAUUUUACUGGACAAUCAUACACACUCAACAUAAUGCUUAUUUACUCUAUUUCUAAUUUACUUUACUGUAUUUUAUAUUAUUUUACAUUUUAAUUGAUGGUGUAUAUACAGUGAGGGGAAAAAAGUAUUUGAUCCCCUGCUGAUUUUGUACGUUUGCCCACUGACAAAGAAAUGAUCAGUCUAUAAUUUUAAUGGUAGAUUUAUUUGAACAGUGAGAGACAGAAUAACAACAAGAAAAUCCAGAAAAACGCAUGUCAAAAAUGCUAUAAAUUGACUUGCAUUUUAAUGAGGGAAAUAAGUAUUUGACCCCCUCUCAAUCAGAAAGAUUUCUGGCUCCCAGGUGUCUUUUAUACAGGUAACGAGCUGAGAUUAGGAGCACACUCUUAAAGGGAGUGCUCCUAAUCUCAGUUUAUUACCUGUAUAAAAGACACCUGUCCACAGAAGCAAUCAAUCAAUCAGAUUCCAAACUCUCCACCAUGGCCAAGACCAAAGAGCUCUCCAAGGAUGUCAGGGAUAAGAUUGUAGACCUACACAAGUCUGGAAUGGGCUACAAGACCAUUGCCAAGCAGCUUGGUGAGAAGGUGACAACAGUUGGUACGAUUAUUCACAAAUGGAAGAAACACAAAAGAACUGUCAAUCUCCCUCAGCCUGGGGCUCCAUGCAAGAUCUCACCUCGUGGAGUUUCAAUGAUCAUGAGAACAGUGAGGAAUCAGCCCAGAACUACACGGGAGGAUCUUGUCAAUGAUCUCAAGGCAGCUGGGACCAUAGUCACCAAGAAAACAAUUGGUAACACACUACGCCGUGAAGGACUGAAAUCCUGCAGCGCCCGCAAGAUCCCCCUGCUCAAGAAAGCACAUAUACAUGCCCGCUGAAGUUUGCCAAUGAACAUCUGAAUGAUUCAGAGGACAACUGGGCGAAAGUGUUGUGGUCAGAUGAGACCAAAAUGGAGCUCUUUGGCACCAACUCAACUCGCCGUGUUUGGAGGAGGAGGAAUGCUGCCUAUGACCCCAAGAACACCAUCCCCACCGUCAAACACGGAGGUGGAAACAUUAUGCUUUGGGGGUGUUUUUCUGCUAAGGGGACAGGACAACUUCACCGCAUCAAAGGGACGAUGGACGGGCCCAUGUACCGUCAAAUCUUGGGUGAGAACCUCCUUCCCUCAGCCAGGGCAUUGAAAAUGGGUCGUGGAUGGGUAUUCCAGCAUGACAAUGACCCAGAACACGGGGCCAAGGCAACAAAGGAGUGGCUCAAGAAAAAGCACAUUAAGGUCCUGGAGUGGCCUAGCCAGUCUCCAGACCUUAAUCCCAUAGAAAAUCUGUGGAGGGAGCUGAAGGUUCGAGUUGCCAAACGUCAGCCUCGAAACCUUAAUGACUUGGAGAAGAUCUGCAAAGAGGAGUGGGACAAAACCCCUCCUGAGAUGUGUGCAAACCUGGUGGCCAACUACAAGAAACGUCUGACCUCUGUGAUUGCCAACAAGGGUUUUGCCACCAAGUACUAAGUCAUGUUUUGCAGAGGGGUCAAAUACUUUAUUUCCCUCAAUAAAAUGCAAAUCAAUUUAUAACAUUUUUGACAUGCGUUUUUCUGGAUUUUUUUUGUUGUUAUUCUGUCUCUCACUGUUCAAAUAAAUCUACCAUUAAAAUUAUAGACUGAUCAUUUCUUUGUCAGUGGGCAAACGUACAAAAUCAGCAGGGGAUCAAAUACUUUUUUCCCUCACUGUACAUACAUUAUUUAUUACAUAAUUAUUGUAACCCUUAUACUUUGUCCUACACUGGUGCUUCUUCUUCUUCUUCUUCUUCUUCUUCUUCUUCUUUUUCUUCUUCUUCUUCGUAUUGCUUUUUAUUAUUAUUAUUAUCUAUUCAAUUCUGUGUGAAUGUGUGAAAUUGUUUAUGCCUGUAACUUAAUAUUACCAAUGCUUUGGCAAUGUAAACUUUUUCACCAUGGUAAUAAAGCUACUUAAAAUAUC